GUUCAAAGAAGUGUUGGCCAUCUGAAUUGCUUGUGCCCACGGCAUCCGCGACCAAGGUCUGAGAGGCGAUGCGGCCCAGCGCCAGGCCGGGCACGGGGGAGGACAUCGUGGUGAUCCUCCGGCACCUGGCGGACCCAGCCAGUCAGCCGCAGCAGCGAUACCGGGAGCAUCGCCCUGCGAAGUCUGACCAAAGAGGCGGGAGUCACGGCAACGGUGUCCAGAACGACUCCGAGUCCGAGUCGAUGUCCCAGAGCUUCAAUGCGCAACUGCUGAAGGUGCAGAUUUGGCUCCAGGACUGCUAUCGAGAUGCUGUCUUGCUGCUUUCUUUGGCAGCCUUGACCUUCUUUCUUCAUCUCGUCGCCAUUCUGCGCACCUUCUUCGCCUGCCUGUGCUGCUUCCGUGGCGCUGGCAAGGUCGGGCUCUUGACGCGAAGAUAUUGGUCCCUCGCCAACCUGAUCUUCCAGUUGAACGCGCGCAGAAGAGAAAGGAAGGCUCAGCAAAAACUGGCCGCCGAGUUCCUCCGCAGGCAUCAUAUCUCUGCGCUGCUCAGCAUGCGCCUGCAGAAGCACAUCAAUUGGUUGCAGCCACAUCAAGUGCGACCCAGAGACGCUGAGAAGGUUCGACGGAAUGCCAUGACAAUCAUCUCCGACAUUCUGGAGGAGAUGUCGGCACCUCCAUUGAUGGACCAUCCCUUCUUUCGGAGUUUCUGGAACAAACAUCCCAAGCUCCAAGCGCAGCUCUGCUGCGAGGCGCUUGUACCGGUGUUCCACUCUGCGCACGAGAUAGUGUUUACCGUCGGCGAAUCCUGCUCUAUGAUGUAUCUCAUCAUCAACGGCAAAGCCCAAUAUGCGGCACAGCUUCCUCCUCCUAGGGACUCCCCAGCAGGCACUGCAGGAACUCAGGUGCGGAAGACCCUGAACAGCGGUCAAUGGCUGAGCGAAGCAGCUCUUUGGACCGGCUGGGUGCACCGGGGUGAGCUUCACACGCUGUCUGACUGCGUCUUCUUCGGACUGGAAGCCGGGCGCUUCGCGAGGGUCAUCUCCUCACAGAAGGCCGCCCACGCCUUCGCCGCCAGCUAUGCGAGGAAAUUUGUCGAGGGCCUGAACAGGAGCAUCCAGUCCGACAUCACUGAGGCGGGCCCUGUGGACUGAGCCAGCCAGAGUCGGCAGAGAUUCUUGGGUCAUAGAAACCAGCCCGGAAGACUACAGGAAAUUGGCC